AAAAACUAAGCAAUGAAAUAUGAAAAUCGUUUAUGCCUGAACGAUUAACCUGUUCUAAGUUCAUAUUAAUCACACAAAUCGUGCAGUUCUUUAUCAAAUUGCAACUAUAUUUCUUGUUGUUUUUCAUUAUUAUCAUCAUUCGUCAUGAUAUCCGCCAUAUCGAUUUUGAUGAAAAAGUGACGACAUACCGAUUGCCGACUACCGACUACUGAAUUUCAUGUGAAAUUUUAUGGUUUACUCGAGUACAAAAUCAAAACUUUUAUUUUACAUAUUUUAUUUAAAAUUCAUAAAUUGCUUAUACGUUAUCUUUGUAGGAUAGAGCAAUAGGGUGAAAUGUGUAUGCCCGAUUUGCAGAAACCCUCUGACGACUCGUCAAUAUCUGACGAAGAAGGUGUGCCUGAGGAGGAACAAAGUGACGAAGACAUUUAUCACUCAAAUUCUGACAAUGAUUCCUCAUCAGAUUCAAGUUUAGAUGUUAUUUUACAAGAUGAUGAAGAUGUAAGUGAUGAUGAUAUUGAAGAACAAGAGGGUGGUGAUGACGAUGAUGACGAUGAUGAUGAUGAAGAAGAAGAAAAUAAUGAUGGUGGUGGAGGUAAUGAAGAUGAUGACGAAGAUGAAGAAGUAGAAGAGGACGAAGAAGAUGAGGUGGUAGCAGCUUUUCUUUCAGCUAGUUCAGACAGAAAUAGAAACCAUCCACCUAAUUUAUCCGUCGGUUGCUUAAUUGGUGGAUUUUCUUUUCACCCGAAUACAAAUGUUAUUGCUCUUGGUCUUUCAAAUGGUGAUAUUGCUAUGUACAAGUAUUCAAAUGAAAUGAAUGAGCAUUUGAGAACAAAUGAUAACGUUCAUUUAAAAAAGGUUAUGGUAUUAGAAUUUAAUGAAACUGGUGAUUACAUUUAUUCAGCUUGUAAGGACAACAAUGUCUCAGUGUCUGAUGCUGAAACAGGAAAAAUGAGAGUUUACUUUGAAAAAGCUCAUACAGCUGGGAGUUUUGUAACAGCACUUUCUUUUAUUGAUGAAAAUUUGUUUGCCACUGGUGACGAAGAUGGUGUAGUUAAUGUUUGGGAUAUAAGAGCAAAUGGGUGUAGAUUUUCAUUAAAGAAAACUGAGGAUAGUAUUAAUUCAAUGAUCACUAUUAAUAAUAGUAAUAAUCAACCUACUUUAGCUUGUACAUCAGGUGAUGGUACAUUGACCAUUAUUGACUUAUCAACAAAAAAAAUGGUUGUCCAGUCAGAACCCUAUAAGUCUGUACUAACUAGUUGUGUAACAAUGAAAAGAAAAACAAAAGUAGUAUGUGGUACUGGUGAAGGAUCACUAAUUACAUUUAAUACGGGAGAUUUUAGUGUAUUCAAUGAUGAAUUUCCAUGUGUUGAUAAAGGUGCUGCUGUGAACAGAUUAGUUCCAGUUACAGAAAACAUUAUAAUAAGUGCUUUAGAUAAUGGAAAAAUCAGGGCAACAAAUUUAUUUCCCAACUGUCAUUUAGGCAUUGUUGGUCAUCAUCAAGAUAUGUCUGUUGAUCUUUUGGAUAUAUCAGACAAUGGCCAUUUAUUAGCUUCAACGUCUUAUUUCAGUAGUAUUGUUAAAUUUUGGAAUAUAGAAUUCUUUGAGGACUUUGAUUUAAAAAAACACUUUAAGAAGAUCAAUCCAAAAGAAUUUAAUUUGCCAUCAUCAAAUGUUGUAAAUGCCACAGACUUUUUUUCUGGUCUUCAAUAAAUAUUUGUAAAUGGUGUAUUGUAUAUAAAACUUUUUAGAUAAUGUAAA